CAUCUCGCCACACCUAAACCACACGAUGCUCUCUUCUAGGCUAGUGGUUUCUCUGCCACUGCCGCGUCACCACCUCGUCCCGUCUCCAACCCACACCCGCCGCCGCCUCCACCUGUUCCCCCUCCUGCCCGCCCGGCGGCAGAGAUGGAGUCCCUGGGCGUGCUGCUUCUCCACCCCAUGAACGCGUACCUGGAGCAGGAGCUGGACCGCCGCUGCCGCCUGCACCGCUUCUGGGAGGCCCCGCCGGGGGCGCCCCGCGACGAGUUCCUCCGCGCGCACGCGGGCUCCAUCCGCGCCGUCGUCGGCAACGCCUCCUACGGCGCCGACGCCGCGCUCAUCGACGCGCUCCCGGCGCUCGAGAUCGUCGCCUCCUUCUCCGUCGGCAUCGACCGCGUCGACCUCGCCAAGUGCCGCGAGCGCGGGAUCCGGGUCACCAACACCCCCGACGUCCUCACCGACGACGUCGCAGACCUCGCCGUCGGCCUCGCCAUCGCCGUGCUCCGCAGGAUCCCGCAGGCCGACCGCUACGUCCGCGCCGGCCAGUGGAAGGCCAAGGGCGACUACGCACUCACCACACGGUUCAGUGGCAAGAGAGUUGGUAUUCUGGGGCUUGGCAGGAUAGGCUUAGCUGUAGCAAAAAGAGCUGAGGCAUUCGGUUGCUCGAUCAGCUAUCAUUCAAGAUCAGAGAAGCCAUUUCCAAACUACAAAUUCUACGCGGAUGUUGUUGAUCUGGCAGCCAACUGCGAUGUGCUUAUUGUGGCAUGCUCGCUUAACGCGGAGACCCAUCACAUUGUUAAUCGUGAGGUCAUCAACGCACUUGGACCAGAGGGUGUGCUCAUAAACGUUGGCCGUGGAGCGCACGUGGACGAACCUGAGCUCGUGUCUGCACUUGUUGAGAAACGCUUGGGAGGAGCAGGCCUUGAUGUGUAUGAGAACGAGCCCUUUGCUCCAGAGCAGCUUUUGGGCUUGGAUAAUGUCGUCUUAGUUCCUCAUGUGGGCAGUGACACAGAAGAAACAUGCAGGGCGAUGGCUGAUCUAGUGCUAGGAAAUUUAGAGGCACAUGCGUCGAAUAAGCCGUUACUCACUCCAGUAAUCUGAUUAUUGUUGCUGGUAGCUAGUCAGAGAUUAGUAGAAGGAUAUCGUAGUAUGUUUUGUAAUGCCAACUCUGCAGUUUGCUAUUUUUAGUUUGCCAAUCAACCAUCGCAAGGGAAAUUAAUGCUGUUCUCUUUUUUUUUUUGUAAAGGAUCGUGUUAAUCAGCCAUGAUAAAUAAGAGUACCCAUAUGGUCUGGAUAUUUAUUUCACUGUUUUUUUUUACCAUGUUAUAAAUCUGUUGAUAUAGUACUAGCUAGCUAGAACAGCAGCAUUCUAUAUAUCCUAGUGAAGGUGAUGAAGUCUUUAAUUUCUGACAGAAUAAUAAUAUUGUGUGUGUGAGUGGUUGCAGUUCAGCGGGAAGAGAGUGGGCAUCAUCGGGCUUGGGCGGAUCGGUCUGGCCAUUGCCAGGCGAGUGGAGGCCUUCGACUGCCCGGUGAACUACUACCAGAGGACGAAGCAGGCGUACCCCAACUACAGCUACUACCCGUCGGUGGUGGAGCUGGCGGCCAGCAGCGACGUCCUGGUGGUGGCCUGCCCGCUGAACGCGGCAACCCGGCACAUCGUGAACCGGGAGGUGAUGGACGCCCUGGGGCCCAAGGGCGUGCUCAUCAACAUCGGGCGCGGGCCGCACGUGGACGAGGCGGAGCUGGUGGCGGCGCUGGCGGAGGGGCGGCUGGGCGGCGCCGGGCUGGACGUGUUCGAGGACGAGCCGCACGUGCCGGAGGCGCUGUUGGGCAUGGACAACGUGGUGGUGGUGCCGCACGUGGGGAGCGGCACGUACGAGACCCGGAAGGCGAUGGCGGACCUGGUGCUGGGCAACCUGGAGGCGCACGUCCUCAACAAGCCGCUGCUCACCCCGGUGGUCUGAUCACUGAUGACUGUGAUACGGUGUGUGUGUGUCAGUGUGUGGGAUGAAGCUGCAGCAGAGAUGUGCGCCUUUAGGAUUUGUUGUCGAUCGAAUCGACUCGUUCUGAAUAACAAACUGCUUGAGCCUUGAUGUGCUCGCUUC